CCAGCCUCGCUCUGGUCCCUGCGGCUGGCGGCCGAGCCGUGUGUCUCCUCCUCCGCCGCCGCCAUAUUGUCUGUGUGAGGAGAGGGGAGAGCGGCCGCUGCCGCUGCCGCUUCCACCACAGUUUGAAGAAAACAGGUCUGAAAGGAGGUCUUACCCUCCUCCCCCCGCCUCUUUACAAAGUGAUUGCCAGAUCUCCAAACAUCAAAUCCAGCUUUGUCUGCCAACCUGUCUGACAUGUCGGGACCCGUGCCAAGCAGGGCCAGAGUUUACACAGAUGUUAAUACACACAGACCCCGAGAGUACUGGGAUUACGAGUCACAUGUGGUGGAAUGGGGAAAUCAAGAUGACUACCAGUUGGUUCGAAAAUUAGGCCGGGGUAAAUACAGUGAAGUAUUUGAAGCCAUCAACAUCACAAAUAAUGAAAAAGUUUUUGUUAAAAUUCUCAAGCCAGUAAAGAAGAAGAAAAUCAAGCGUGAAAUAAAGAUUUUGGAGAAUUUGCGAGGUGGUCCCAACAUCAUCACAUUGGCAGACAUUGUAAAAGACCCUGUGUCACGAACCCCUGCCUUGGUCUUUGAACAUGUAAACAACACAGAUUUCAAGCAAUUGUACCAGACAUUAACGGACUAUGAUAUUCGAUUUUACAUGUAUGAGAUUCUGAAGGCGUUGGAUUAUUGUCAUAGUAUGGGCAUUAUGCACAGAGAUGUGAAGCCUCAUAAUGUCAUGAUUGAUCAUGAGCACAGAAAGCUACGGCUAAUAGACUGGGGUUUGGCCGAGUUUUACCAUCCUGGCCAAGAAUAUAAUGUCCGAGUUGCUUCCCGAUACUUCAAAGGUCCUGAGCUGCUUGUAGACUAUCAGAUGUACGAUUAUAGUUUGGAUAUGUGGAGCUUGGGUUGUAUGCUGGCAAGUAUGAUCUUUCGGAAGGAGCCAUUUUUCCAUGGACAUGAUAAUUAUGAUCAGUUGGUGAGGAUAGCCAAAGUUCUGGGGACAGAAGAUUUAUAUGACUAUAUUGACAAAUACAACAUUGAAUUAGAUCCACGUUUCAAUGAUAUCUUGGGCAGACACUCCCGUAAGCGAUGGGAACGCUUUGUCCACAGUGAAAACCAGCACCUUGUCAGCCCAGAGGCCUUGGAUUUCCUGGACAAGCUGCUGCGAUAUGACCACCAGUCACGGCUUACCGCAAGAGAGGCCAUGGAGCACCCCUAUUUCUACACUGUUGUGAAAGACCAGGCUCGAAUGGGUUCAUCUAACAUGCCAGGGGGCAGUACGCCUGUCAGCAGCGCCAAUAUGAUGUCAGGGAUUUCUUCAGUGCCAACCCCUUCACCCCUCGGACCUCUGGCAGGCUCACCAGUGAUUGCUGCUGCCAACCCCCUUGGGAUGCCUGUUCCAGCUACCGCUGGCGCUCAGCAGUAAUGGCCCCUUCUGUCUCCUGAUGCCUGAGCAGAGGUGGGGGAGUCCACUCUCUCCUUGAUGCAGCUUGCGCCUGGCGGGGAGGGGUGAAAUACUUCAGAAGCACCGUGUCUGAACCGUUGCUUGUGGAUUUAUAGUAGUACAGUCAUAAAAAAAAAAAAUUAUAAUAGGCUGAUUUUCUUUUUCUUUUCUUUUUUUUUUUUUAAACUCGAACUUUUCAUAACUCAGGGGAGUCCCUGAAAAAUUACUUGCAGGUGGAAUAUUUCACGGACAAAUUUUUUUCUCCCCUUCCAAAUUCAGUUCCUCAUCACUGAAGAACAAAGAUAAACCAGCCUCAAUCCCAGCUGCUGCGUUUGGGUGGAGAUUUCUUCCCAUGCCCACCAUUGCUCCCCCAUCAUCCCACACUUGGGGAGUUUGUAUCUCAUGCUUUUCUCCAGAGAUUACAAAAAUGUAGCUUCUCAAGGGCAAUGGGAAGGAAGGAGAAAGGAAGGACCCAAUAGUGUACUGCUCGUCACUUAUAUCACUUUACUACAGAAGUGCUUCAGUGGGUUUAUCCUGGUGAAUCUAGUGGAAAUAUGUCUUAGUAAACACUGAGAUACUGAAAGUCUACCCAAAAGUGCAGACAGGUCCUAAAAACUCGUGUUCGGUAUGAAUCAUGUCUUAUUGACCUAAUUCUCAGUCCAGCUCACUUAAGAUUUUAGUUUCCAUUUAAUCUAAAACUUUAACAACGUCCUUCCCCAACUUCUUGGUCCUCUCCCCUUUCAUCUCCUGAUAAGCUCCUCAGCAGAUAGGAGAGGGAAGGCAAAACCUUUUCCAGUUUUUUUCAACUUGGCCAUUUUGAGUUCAGUUAUUUACUGGGUAUAACCUAAUACUUUUUACAGGAGAAGGAAACAUUGUAGAGGUUUCAUGAGCGCAAUUCUUUAAGAGCUAAUGGGAGAUGUGGCCACAUUGAGUUUCAUUUAAGCUUUCUACAGUCUUUUCCUCCUGCCUUCCCCUUCCCUCACAUACCAUCCUGUGAGAAGACCUGCCCCAUGGUCUUGUAAAUGUGUCUGAGAGGUAGAAGCAGAGCCACUAUCUCCAGUGAAACUGAAAUGGUAGACCUGUAAUUGUGGGAAAAUGAUAAACUCUCUUGUUACAGCCCUGCCACCCCUUGCUGUGUGUACAUAUAUAAUACUUUUGUCCUUCAUAUGUGAAAGAUCCAGUGUUGGAAUUCUUUGGUGUAAAUAAACGUUUGGUUUUAUUUAUCAA